CUGGGAUCGAACCGUCCUUAUUCAACUUGCGUCUUCCCGGCUCACUCGUUAGUCUGACAUGCAUGCAACUGGCCCGCCCCAGUAUAAGCGGCUACAGGCUCUGCGGACGGUGUUAGGACUGGAGACCUCGCAUGCUGAGACGUCUGGCAUACAGUGUGUGCAAGACCCUGUCCGGAUCGGUGCCGUUAGCUACGCCGUGGGGGCGGACGAACAUGAAAUCGCACAGCGUGACGAUGGUGAUCCAGCGGCCGUAGAUCAAUCCAGUGCAAGCCCGAGCCGGAUGGCAGACGGUAGCGAGGGCGUCUAUGGCCAGGGACAGGUCUUCCCUCUCUUGGAUGAGUACAACUAUCUGAACGGGUGGAGUAAGUGUAACGUUGCCGUUCUCUCGACUAGACUGACGCAAAUCAGCGCUUUGGAGUCCAGCAUGAGGGAGCAGAAGCAGUGGAAUCAGGUUGUUGAGAAGACCGUGGACCAAAUCCACCGGUCCUUGUUUGGCAGCGGCACCAAAAGGAGUACAACACGCAGCAAGGCCACCAGGUCUUGA